AUGCAGGGUUUAAGGCAGGUGGUGGUGAAUGAAGCCAUUGAGGUUGCUGAUUAUAACCUGCUCAUAGCGGUCCAUUCAAAUUCGUUUCGGGAGCUAUGGCAUCAAUCCCGCAAAAAUAUUUCCCUAGCUGAAUGGCUAGAGCAUGGACGGAUCAUUUGGCGAAAAAAUUGAAUUCAGGGUAGGCGAUGAAUGUAGAGCAGGAUGGGUUUUUUGUAGAACUGACAUUUGUUAGAAGGGUUGGUCGCAGUGGUAAAGGCGGUGGCAAGAAAGGUAAUCCAGGUCGAAUCGUGUGGGAAAAAAUAGCCAAGAAGAAACGAUGUGUGAUUCCCAUAAAAAAUCAAGAGGAUGACCUCUGCUGCGCCCGCGCGAUCAUCACGAUGAGAGAAUGGUCUCACUGUCAGGAGCCAAAAAAUCAGUGGAGCAAUUUAAGACAGGGUCGUCCACAGUAAGGAAUUUUAGCAGUGUAGUUGCAUCGACAGGCAGGGGUGGUUGAGGGUGCAUGUGGGUGUGAAGAGUUGCAAAAGUUUCAAGCGUUCCUGGGACCACAGGACUACCAGCUGAUCGUUGUUGAGGCAUCCAGAUGCAUUAUCUUGUUUAAAGAUCCUAGGCACCGCAAGUAAUACAGUUGGUAAAACAUCAGAAGCAUUAUGAUGGGUUGACCAGUGUCCCUGCAUUGAUUUACCGUUCCUACUUUUGUCGGCUCUGCGACAGUGCAUACAACUCAGAAUACGCAGCUCAUCGUAAUUGCAUGGGGCAGAACUGUCCUGCCUGCUGCAGAACGCGAAAAGGUACUGAACCCGGUUGCCCGAACUAUCCCGCAUGGUUGACGCCUGAGUUGGAAUGUGAUCGCUGUCACAUUAAAUUUUAUGGGUCGGACUGUUUUGCGGCACACCGGCAAAAAGGCAACAAAGGGGUAUAUAAGUCUGUGUAAAAGAUUUAGAAAGUGUCUGGUUUGUAGUGGUCAAAGAAACCGCAUGUCUGUUUCCACACCACUUGUCCCAGUUGUGGAGAAUUGAAACAUGUGGACCAUCGAUGCUUUAUUCAGCCCGUGGCCAAACAGAACAAAACCGGAAAUGCACACCCAGAUUUUGAAGCGCCUCUUGAUGAUGACUCAGACGAGGAAGACAAGAAGGCCCCCCUGCCUCCACCGAUUCCAGUCUUUGCCGAUAUUGAAUGUUAUCAAGAUGAAGACCGGGUGUUUCUUGCAAAUCUGGUCUGCUGGUCUAGCGCCGAAGAGGACGAAAUUCAUCACUCCGACGAGAUUGAAGAUUUUUUGGCAGCUUUGGAAGAACUGACGGGGGUUGAGGGCGAUGAGAGAGAAAGGAAAGUGGUAUCAUUCUUUCACCACAUGAGGGGGUUUGACGGAAAUUUUAUUCUUGAAAAGUUGUACAAUCAGGGGCGUGCUGUGGAAAAACCGCUGACGCAGGAGGCCAAGAUUAUGUCUUUUGAAACCGGAAACUUGGUGUUUAAAGUCUAUGAACUUUUUCAAUAUGGGCCUGGAUAA